CAUCUUCUUCAACGACACAUCGCAUCAUCACUGCAAGUACAAAAGCAGCAGCCACACGUAUACUCACAACUCACUCUGAGCUCCUCCAAAGCUCGUGCCAUCGAGUCAUUCCGAGGGAUCGAUCGAUCGAGAUCAUGGCGGGUCUGAGGGUGCAGAUGAGGCUGCUCGCCGCGGCCGUGGCUGUGGUGGCGCUGGCCUCGCCGGCGGCGGUGGUGUCCGGGCAGCAGGUCGCGGGGCCGCUGGGGUGCACGACGUCGCUGGUCACCAGCUUCGCCCCGUGCCUCAACUUCAUCAUCAACAGCACGGCGUCCCCGACGGCCGACUGCUGCCGCUCCCUGGGGGCGCUGAUGAAGGCGAGCACCGGCUGCGCCUGCCUCAUCCUCACCGGCAGCGUGCCGCUCGGCGUGCCCGUCAACCGGACCAUGGCCGUCACGCUGCCCAGGGCCUGCAACAACGCCUCCGUCCCCCUGCAGUGCCAAGACGCGACGACGUCGGCUCAGACCCCGGCUCCGGGUCCCGUGGCGGACGCGCCUGCUCCCUCCUUCUUGGCCCCGCUGCCACCUGUGGCGGCGGCGCCGGUGGCAACGCCCGUGCCUGAAGCGCCGGCGCCGGGGACGGCGACGGCGACGCCUGUGUUGGAGCCCACGAACACGCCGCCGGUCAGCCAGGGGGAGACGAGGCCGACGGUUGUGUACAGCUCUGCCUGGAGGAGGGCGAGCGCCCACGUGUCCGCGGGGCCUGCGGCCGCUGUGUUGCUAUUUGCAGUAGCUGGAGCCGCCCUGGUGUGAAAUGUGUGAUCACCUAGCAGUGGUUAACUGAAUAAGCGUUGGAAUUUAUUUGGUGAUUUUUUUUAGCAGCAGAUUGGUACAGGGGUUGUAUACAUAUUUGUUUGUUCAUCGCGAUUUGGAGUUCUGAACUUGCAGUGCAUGCAUGUAGUUGGUUUAUUCUUUUAGGUUGGUUGAGAAUGGCAUGAUUGAUCUACUGUGGUUAUGGCGCAACA